AUGUUCCUUAAAGCUAUUAUAAUCUCCACUGUUAUACAUCUAUCUAACGGCUGCCAAUACGGCAAUCAAGGAUUUAUCAGAGCCCGUGCUAUUAUCUAUCGUGCUGAACCUGGAGGCAAACCCACCAAACUCUCCGGAAUCGUUGACUUAGCCCAAAUGGGAUGUGGAGUUAUUGUUAAUUUACAGAUAUCUGGCGGCAUAUAUGAUCUUACCCCAGGGUACCAUGGCUUCCACGUACACGAAAUUGGAGAUUUGGGAAAUGGUUGUCUUGCUGCAGGCCCACACUUUAAUCCUUCUAAUAUGACUCAUGGUGCACCAAAUGAUUCCGUUCGACAUGUUGGUGAUCUCGGCAAUAUUUUGGCACAGGUUGGUACAAUGGGGAGUCAAAAAGUGUUUUAG